UUCCUGUUUUUGCUGGAAGAGAAUUAGCAUGAAGAAAUCUCUUCAAAUUCCUCAGCCUCAAAGUCCUGCAGGAAGUGACACUGAUGGCACCGGCAAUCAAGCUUAUGAUCAAAGUAUCGAAGUUCCUAAUAAACUCAUCAUCGCAGCUGAUAGCCUCGAAAGGAAAGAACUCUCAUCGUUUGCCACAACUCAAAUCCCUACAGAUUUAGCAAUCCAAGUUCAAGACGUAAUCUUUAAUGUUCACAAGUAUCCCUUGGUAUCAAAAUGUGGCUACAUUGGACAGAUGGAACAUCAGCAUUCAAUCUCAAAAUUUGGGCAUGAUCUGAAGCUUGAGAAAUUUCCUGGUGGACCAGAUACAUCAGAGAUUAUUCUAAAAUUUUGUUACGGCUGCCCAGCAGACUUAAACCCCAAUAAUGUAGCUGCACUAAGAUGUGCAUCUGAAUAUCUAGAGAUGACAGAAGAAUUUGAAGACAGAAAUCUGAUAAGCAAGACAGAAUCUUUUCUUACGUUUGUUGUCCUGGCUUCCUGGAAAGACACUCCAUACAUAACAGACACUAUUACUGUCCUCAAAUCUUGUGAAACUCUAUCUCCAUGGGCAGAAAACCUUCAGAUUGUCAGAAGAUGUUGUGACUCAAUAGCUUAUAAGGCUUCGAGAGAGAGUUCAUUAACCGGAGAACUAGUUAGGGAAGAAAGUUGGUGGUCUGAUGAUGUGGCUACCCUUCGCAUUGAUCAUUUCAUGAGGAUUAUGACAGCAAUUAGAGCAAUAACAAAAGCAGAGAUCAUUGGUAAAUGCAUAAUGAAUUAUGCAGAUAAGUGGCUGCCGGAUAUGGAUGAGGGUUUGGAAGGACUAAGAGGAUAUGCGUUUGGAAAGAGCGAGUUGCAAUUUAGUAUUUUGAGAAGGAAGGAAGAAGAGAGUGCAGGACAAAACAAGGAACAAAGAACGAUUAUUGAGAGCCUAGUAAGCAUGCUUCCUGCUCAAAAUGGAGCAGUUUCAUGUAAGUUCUUGUUGCAGAUGUUGAAAACAGCGAUGGUGUAUUCUGCAUCUCCAGCUCUGAUAUCAGAUCUUGAAAAGAGAAUUGGAUUGAUGCUGGAAGAUGCCAAUGUAAACGAUCUACUGAUUCCUAAUUAUAAGGAUGAAGAUCAAGGAAUAAUGAUAAAUUCACUUGAGCAGGGAACAAUGCAUAACAUAGACGUGGUGCAAAGGAUUUUGGACUAUUUCCUGAUGCAUGAGCAACAACAACAGCAACAAAAGAUGGGGAAAAUAAAUGUUAGUAAGCUAUUAGACAACUACUUGGCCGAAAUAGCAAGGGAUCCGAAUCUUUCCAUCACAAAAUUUCAAGUUCUUGCUGAAUCCUUGCCAGAAAAUGCUCGAUCAUGUGAUGACGGUCUCUAUAGAGCCAUCGACAUCUAUCUCAAGACACAUCCUUCAUUAUCUGAGCAUGACCGCAGAAGAUUGUGCAAAAUAAUGAACUGUGAGAAACUAUCAUUUGAUGCAUGCAUGCAUGCUGCACAAAAUGAUCGGCUACCCCUAAGAAUUGUUGUCCAGGUAAACAUGCAGGUUUUAUUUUCGGAGCAAGCAAAGAUGAGGAUGGCAAUGCAGGGUAAGGAACCAAUGACAGUCGGUGAUAAUUCUGAACAAUAUGAACCCCGGCCAUCCACAAACACAGAGAUAAAGAACCUCAAAUCAGAACUCGAGAAUGUAAAGACAAAGAUGACAGAACUACAAAAUGACUACUCUGAUCUUCAACAAGUGUAUGAAAAGAUAACAAGCAAGCACAAGAAUGCAUCUGGUUGGAUUUUGAAUUGGAGGAAGAUUAAGAACUCUUUCCAUAUAAUGGCAGAAAGUGAUGACAAUGGAGAUGGACAGCAAAGGCAAAAUAGAGCUAGCUUUAGACUCAGCUUUAGACGUAGGCGAUCAGUCUCAUGAAUUCAUUCGCAGUAAGCAUUUUAUAAUGCAAUGCUCAAGCAGCUCGAUUGAAGCAAUAGCCUUGACAGCAUUAUGUGCAUCUUUUUUCCAUCUUUGACUAGCUUAUUUCAAAAGGUUUAGAUGAAUGUUAUCAUCAUGCAAUAUCUUAUCUUAAAGUAUCUCUGCAUCUCUUUCUUCUAUGUGAAAGAUGCAAGGGGCA